AUUCUGGUUUGGGGCCUCACCUAUGAGGUUGGAAUUCAAGUGGUAUACUUCGUGUAUCACCUAGAAAGAGUGCCGGAAACCGGAAGAUUACGAUUUAUAGACGUCUCUGUAGACUCAGAAAGACAAGCGGGGGAGGAGACUUUCCAACAGAUAAUACACCAAUACAAAGGCCACAUCCUUCCCUCGCACCACCCUCUGACAAAAUAUGUUGUGAAUGUGGCUGAACGCAUUUUGGAGGCGACGAGUCUCGGCCAUGUUAAAGGACAUAAUACCUUAUCUUCCUCUACGGACCUAGUAGAUGAUGUGUGGAGGCCUGACGGCGAUCGGUUGUCAUCUCCCGUUUCGAAUGACGAAUGGGAAGUGUAUGUAAUUGAUGAUGAUACUCGGAAUGCGUUCGUCUUACCUGGGGGAAAGAUUUUUGUUUUUACUGGAAUCCUUCCGUCAUGCAAGAAUGAAGAUGGUCUGGCGUCAGUCUUAGGUCAUGAAAUCGCACAUCAAGUUGCUCGACAUUCAGGAGAACGAAUGUCUUCUACGAAAGUCAUUUUCUUCCUAGUAACACUACUUGAGUUGUUGGGCUUGGACGUCGGGGUUUCUCGAAUUGGGUUAACACUCCUACUAACUCUUCCGAAUUCAAGGACCCAGGAAGCCGAAGCUGACUCAAUCGGCUUGAAACUCAUGUCGAAAGCAUGCUUCGAUCCGGCUGAGGCAACAAGGCAAGAUUUCCACCCAUACUCUUCAUCAUCCCCCAAGAUUUUUUGA